GUUUUGUUUCCAUGAUUAAAUAUGCCACAAAAUAACUAGAGGGCUGUAGGUUAACAGUUUAUGUUGUAGCUGAAUAUGUUUGCCGUUGACAGCUGGUCGACAGGUGGCGCACGGCGGAAGCAGUAGGAUUACUGUCUUCAGUUUAAUUUAAGAUGUAACACAGGCAAACUAACUUUGAAAUAGCUGUCUGUGUAAAAUAUAUUGUAGCCUUAUUUUAUUUGACAACACAUUCCGUUAACUCGUUAAGGUUAAUUUAAACUAUUUUGCGUGUAUUGGCCGCAAAAUGUCCCAGUGGUUGUGUAAGCACUUUUUUUUGAAAAUCCAGCGACCGGAAGCAGUAUUUAUCACUCAUGCUGGCUUGACAGUGGUUUCACAUCAGCUGUACAUGCGAGAGGAAUACUGACCUAAUUAACUGUACAGGGGACAACAACAAUAACGACGACACAACACAUCACAGCGACCGACCGGAGUGAAUGCCAUUUAACUCGUAACUCAGCCAGAAGAAACUGUGCGUGGGACUUGGUGUCAUUACAGAGAAAGCGCCACCAACCUGUCUGCCUAGAAGCCAAUACAGAGCUGACAAGCGUGCUAUUGACUGCUGCAACUGAAAGAGAAGGAAGAAAUAGCCAAAGAGAGAGAGAGAAAGAGAGAGAGUGAGUGAGAGAGAGAGAGAGAACUUGUCCUCGCCGGAUAUAAGGGGGUUUUUGGUCACAGAGAUCAUUGUUUUGCAGAAGAUUCUCAAGGGAAUAGGAGCUAUUGAAAUGUCCAUAAUGGCCGAGCUGUCAUCAGCCCAGGUGACCGAGUGCACCUGACCAUUACUGCUACUGCUGCUGCUGCUGCACACACUCAAAGUCACCACCAGCCUGUGGGCAUUUGCUGCGCAGUAGGAAAAAAAAGCAAAUCUACACUUGUAGAUUGAGGAGGAAAAACGUGACUGAAUCCCUGAAAAUUAUUAUUUUUUUGGUCUGGAUUAUUUUACCUGGAGCUGUUUUUGUGGCUUACCUGGCAGAGGAAAAACAAGCGCAGGACGACUGAUGACUGUUUGUGGAUUUGGGAUUUACUGAGCUGUUGAUUAUAGCUCAGAAGGAGGCUGCUAAGGCUGGUCCAUGUGCAGGAAUGCAGAUUCACAUAUGGAGACACAUCAUACAGUGUAGUGUUUGAGCAGCUGAGCCUGUGCAGGCCCAGGAGACGGCCAUGUUGGAUCUCUUCCUCAGAGUGCUGGUGUUGACCCGUCUUCACCCGUCGCCUCACAGCGCCUGCCUGCCAACAUAAUUCCUCUCCCUCUCUCUUCCCACAUCUCUUUCUUCCACCGGCUUGGCGGGAGAAAGGUCCUUGGUCCUUGUGGAAAAUGUCCUAUGCACACCACAAGCUGCUCACCUGGAGCUUACCUCACCUUCUCUUCCUUCCGCUGACCUACCUCUUGCUCUUGGCCUCUCCCACAGGUGUGUCAGCAAAUCUCUGCCGGGUGACCGGUGGGGUGUUGGGGAUCCACUGGAGCAGCACCAUCAGCUUGGGUUGGCACUCUCUGGCAAAAGGGAUUGGCGGGGCGACAUGUUGGCAGUCCUGCUGUUUGAAUCCGAGCUGCAAUGCCGCGUGGAGCAACGGUGGGCAAUGUGUGCUUCUUGGCUGCUCGCGGAAGAGGGGCUGCUCCAUCGACACUCUGCCCCAACCGCACAAGGAGUCCCUCGGCCUCCUUCAGCUGCUCUCAAAGAGUCCCAUUAUCGGAGCAAGACGUAAAAGAACUCGACGAAGCAACAUAUCGCACAAAGGACAGCUUACCAGAACGGAUAGUCCCAAACUGGAAUCGGCUCACCCAACCCCAACAGGAGCCAGCGCCAUCACACUUCUUCAAAUAGCCCCAAAGAACCUGAGCCAGUCAGCUAAUUGGAGUGCAGACGUCGCUCCCGCUCCAUCACAGCAGAACUCAACGGACACCGUCGAUACUGCUGAGUCUUCCAAUAGCAGUGAUGUCAGCACGCCUACAACCCCUGCAACUGUUAUCAACACGACCCCAACGCAGGCUGUGAGGGAGCUGGUGGUGUCAGCAGGAGAGAGUGUGGAGGUCACGCUGCCCCGCAGUGAGGUCGAACUCAACGCCUUCGUCGUCCCAACACCCCCUGGGACAAACUAUGCAUUUGACUGGCGUCUGAUCACUCAUCCCAAAGAUUACAGUGGGGAGAUGGAAGGGAAGCACAGCAAGACACUCAAACUCAGCCAGCUGACUGUGGGCCUGUAUGAGUUUGAGGUCACGGUGGACGGGGAGGGGGCUCACGGGGAAGGUUACGUCAAUGUCACAGUCAAACCAGAGCCGCGGGUAAACAAGCCUCCUGUUGCCGUCGUUUCCCCAAAGUUCCAGGAGAUCUCCUUGCCAACCAGCUCUACGGUCAUAGACGGCAGCCAGAGCACAGAUGAUGACAAGGUGGUGGCGUGGCACUGGGAAGAGGUUAAAGGUCCCCUGAGGGAGGAGAAGGUCUCUGCUGACACCCCUGUCCUCACCCUCACCGGCCUGGUGCCUGGGAACUACACCUUCAGUUUGACAGUGACAGACUCAAACGGCGCCAAAAACUCGACACAGGCCAGCCUCUUAGUCAACAAAGCCAAGGACUACCCGCCUGUAGCUAAUGCUGGCCCUAACCAGGUCAUUCAGUUGCCACGCAACUCCAUCACACUGUACGGCAACCAAAGCACCGACGACCAUGACCCGCUGUCCUACGAGUGGUCCCUCAGCCCCGAGAGCAAAGACAAGGUGGUGGAGAUGCAGGGUGUACGGACACCGAUCUUGCAGCUGUCGGCCAUGCAGGAGGGAGAUUACACCUUCCAGCUGACUGUGACAGACUCAGCCGGACAGCAGGAGACCGCCCAGGUCACCGUCAUCGUGCAGCCAGAAAACAACAAGCCACCAAAAGCCGAUGCAGGACCGGAGAAGGAGUUGACGCUGCCUGUCGAUCGCACCACGCUGGACGGCAGUAAGAGCAGUGAUGACCAGAAGAUAGCCACUUACCACUGGAAACAAACCAAGGGUCCCGAUGGCGUGAAGAUUGAAAAUGCAGACAGCGCUGUUGCCACAGUGACGGGUCUGGAGGUCGGCACGUAUGAGUUCACCCUGACCGUGACUGAUGAGAGGAAGCUGCAGAGCAGCGACACCGUCACGGUCAUCGUCAGAGAAGAACUGGACCAGCCUCCGGUGGCUCAUGUUGUGUCGAGUUCACCCAUCGCUCUGCCUGUCAGGACCGGCACUCUCGAUGGAUCUCGCUCCACUGAUGACAAAGGUGGAGUCAGCUACCUGUGGACCAGAGAUGAUAGCAGCCCUGCAGCUGGGGAUGUACUGAACAACUCUGACCACCAGUCAGUGCUGUUUCUGGGAAACCUGGUGGAGGGGAAGUACAGCUUCACCCUGACUGUCACCGACAGUAAAGGACAGACCAGCACUGACAGAGGAACAGUGGAGGUCAAACCAGACAUAUGGGAGCGUGACCUGGUGGAGCUGGUGUUGGAGGUCUCUGUGUCCCAGGUCUCCCACCGUCAGCGCGACAUGCUGCUGCGCCAGGUCGGGGUCUUACUUGGCGUGCUGGACAGCGACAUCAUUGUGCGGGAAAUAAGUGCUUAUAAUGAGCACAGCACUCGUUUGGUCUUCAUGGUGUCAGGUGGUCCAGGGCGCCCUCCUCUGUCAGGCCGCAGCGUUGCACUUAGCCUACGCAACAAACUGCGCAAACAGAAGAAUGACUUUCUCAUCUACAAGGCCCGACGAGUGGAUACAGUCAUUUGCCAGCUGAACUGCUCGAGUCACGGUGAGUGUGACUCGUUCACUCGGCGCUGCGUCUGCCAGCCUUUCUGGAUGGAGAACUUCAUCAGAGCUCAGCUUGGAGAUGCAGAGAGCAACUGUGAGUGGAGCGUACUCUAUGUGACUAUAGCCUCCUUCAUGAUUGUGGUUGCAAUUGCAACAGUUGUCUGGGGGAUGGUGUGUUGCUGUAACAGGCGUAAGAGCAAAGUGCGCAGAAGCAAAAGCAGGUAUAAAAUAUUAGAAGCUGACGAGCAAGACAGUCUGGAGCUUCAACCACCGAGAGUCGCCCGCCUGAAGCCAGUGCCUGCUCCCACCUCCUCCGCCCUCAUGCACUCGGACUCUGACCUGGACAGUGACGACGGGCAGGGCGGGGUCCCGUGGACGGAGCAGGAGCGGGGCCACCUCCUGCGGCCCCAGAACGGCUCCCUGAGGAACGGACAGGGGCCGGUGAGGGGCAAAAAGCAAAGAGAAGAGCUGCUAUAGCAAGAGAGGAGGGGGGGCGGGAGCUCACACACUUACACACACACUUCUCCUCCAGCUGUCACACCCCCUCUGCUCCUCACUUCCUGUUUCUCUUUGGUUGUCGUUCAACACAGAAACCUCGCACCUCUCAUCCAUGAAGACAGACUGUGUGGAUUAAGGAAGGAAAAAGAGAGAAAACAUGCUGGAAACAUGUUGUCCCACUGUCACAGAAACAAAAAAAUACACCACUGUACUGACAUUUCCCUGCUCCCACACUGAGCCACUGCGGAGGGAAAACAAGCUUCUAUUUCACUGAGAAAUAGGGGUGAGCACUGUUUUGAAUGGUGUAAAAAUAUAACAUAGACCCCCUAUUAUUUAACACAGAGACAUAAAGAAUGUACUGUUACCCCUCUUACUUACUGAUGGCACAUGACGUAGCCUGAGUGACUCUCUGGAUUUAAAAAAAAAACACAACGACACGAAAACCAGCCACUUGACACGCUCACACCUUGCCUCUCGUAGACACGCAUGUACGCACACAAAGACGUCGUAUUCACACUGUUCCAGGUCGACCUGAUGCUACCAAACUGCCAUGUAAAAACCAAUGGUUAGCUCUGAUGAUUUUUUUGUUAGAGGAAAAGAAAAACAACCAAAACAAGAGCUACCAACAGCAAUGAACCCUCCUCCAAAUGAAAAAAAAGUGCAUGAAGAGUGACAGAUUGCAGUUCUGGCACAAUUUGAUACUGGAAUGAUCGCCUGCAUGUUUGUGUGUUGGGUGUAUGUGUGGAAUUUUUCUGGCUGCUGUGUCAAAAUAUGUUUCUUCCUCAGAGCUGUUUCUAUGUUUUUUUUUAAUUUUAUUUCUGUUAUUAACCCAUGGAAGAGUCACAAAGUGGCGGUCAGAAGUUGAAGAUCCUUUUAAACAAAAACGCAAUGCUUUUAUUCUGAAGGUUUUCUCUGUGGAUGAAGUCGCUGGGACACACACUGGAAUACACAACGUUAAUGAGUUCAGUCUCGACGGAGACGAUAACGAGAAGUUCACAAAACAAAUUACUCACUUUAGUACUCAUUAUUGUAAUGACUGCUUGAAUCAUGACGACCACUUUUAUUUUUUUGUUGUUUUUUUCUUCCAAACAACCUUCAGGCUGUGAUUAGAUGUCGAUGCACUUUGAUUUCAUGUCUGUCAGGUUCAGUCUCAUUUUGUCUCUUGUUGGUUUAAAAAAAGGGAGAAUCUGUGACAGUUAAAGUUGGAAACAUUCAGCCAUAAAUUAAAUAAAAAAACAGGACUUGACUGCAUUCAAACUGUAUAAAAUACUGACUUUAAAGAUGAAAGAAAAGGAUAUAUUUUAGUGUGUUAAUGCAGCUCAGGUCCAGAAGCACCUCAGUGAUUGUAACGCACCUGAAGGCUUGAAAUGAAAAUGAUCGUUUAAGCUAAACAUGUGGCUCUAACUUUUUAAUCCUGUGAGGUAAUUUUUGCAGUUCCUGUGCAGAUUUCAAGCAACCAAUUAUAAACCGUUUUGCCCCAAAUAGGAUUAACUCAUUUAUCCUCGCUUUCCUUUUGGCAAACAUUCAGGUAGCUCAAUUUGGGGAUUAUUAAUAUUACACAAAAAAGGAAAUCUGCAUGACAAAAAUUAGACAUUAUAACAAGCAUCACUGAGCAGCUAGGGGUGAAGCUAGUUGUGUGUCAAGAAUGACCUGAAACUGUGUUUUAAAACAAAUUAAGUCUUCCCACAAAUAUGAUAAGAGCAGAAGGUUAAUCUGAGAGAUGUUUUGCCAUAAACACAAUAACACAGAAACUCUAUUUCUCCUGUGUUUCAGUGGCAGUGAUGGGUGUUUCUUCACUGAGCUAAAACUUUAACCAAAUGACUCCUCCCUUGCAUGUGAGACUGGCCACAUUUUGAGUCACUUUUUCAUGUGUUGUUUGUGUUGAAUGUUAAAACGGGUACGCCCUUGAUUCAGUUCAACUUGUACUCUAUGUGAAAUAAGCAAUCAUUUUAAUUUUUCUUUUUCUUUCGUACUGUCAAGUCAUCUCGUGCUGAUGUCGGUUCUGCUGCACUAGCUUGGUCUUAAAGUCAUAGUUUGGGUUUUUCCUCAAAUGGUGUUAUACUUUACUAUAGUGGAUGUAUUACCUGCAAUAGAUAGAGGUUAGUACGCCUCCAGUUUGAUGAAGCAGACAGGAGUACUGACACAGAGGCUGAGCAAUGUACUGCUGUAGACUGGGGCAGCAGCAAAAUGUACAGUCAUGGAAAAAUGAUUAGACCACCCUUGUUUUCUUGUUCAUUUUAAUGUCUGGUAGAACUAAAGGUACAAAUAUAAUGAUAACAAAAAUAGCUCAUGAGAGUUUAUUUAAUGUUUACUUGAUUAAAAAAAAUCAUUAUCAAGAAAUCCACGGAAAAUGCCUAGAUAUCAGCUCUUAAAUUAAACUCUUUUGAGGUAUUUUUGUUAUCAUAAUAUUUGUCCAAACAAAUACCUUUAGUUGUACCAGGCAUUAAAAUAAACAAGAAAUUGAAGGAAAAAGUGGUCUAAUAAUUUUUACAUGACUGUAUUUCAACCACCUUCAAUAUCAGUUUAAGUGUAUGCUUUAUUUAAAAUAUUUUCACCGCUUUACCUUUCUGAAGCUUUUAUCUUUGCCCUCUUGAAAACCACCAGACUUCAUUGACAAAAACAGUAAUUUUAACUUGCAGAAUAUAGGAGCUGCUGGUCUACUACUGCCUUGAUCAGUUAGUAUGUCUGUGUUAUUGUGUGAUAUGGUCUUUUGAAAGGUUAGUGUGGAUUCCCCAAAGUUACACAAUUUCACAAAAUACCUAAUUUGUUGAGGCAGUGGUAAAUCAGCAUCUCCCAUUUUCUGCAAGGUAAAAAUACUGUUAUUGACAAUGGAGUCUGGUGACUUUCAAGAGAGCAAAGAUAAAGGCUUCAGUUCUUUGUGGGUAAGGGCUUUCUGAUGGCAAAGUGGUGAAAAUAUAUGGUACAAUUAAACUGGCCCCUGUCCACAGCAGUACACUGUUUAGCUCCUGUCGCUACUCCUGCCUGCUUCUUCAGACUGUUGCUGACCGCCAUCUACUGCAGGUAAUACACUGACUAUGGAUACUACUUUAAAAGAAAUUCAAACUGUCCCUUUAAUGCAACCAGUGCACAUGAAGCCAUGGAGGUGGAGAUAUUGUAAAAUAUAUAUGUUAUAUUCAGAUUUGCUGAAUUUAUUUGGCCAUCGCUUGUCCCAAGUGCCAACUCUGUGAAAUGUCAUGUUUUGCAAACACACUUUGAAAACAUUGUCAUAUUGUCCCCAUGUUUUUUGCACAUCAUAUCAAAUGGCUUUUUGAUUAAUUGCCAAGAUUUUACAUUGACUCACUUUUAAUUUCUUUCUCAUUUCAAGGAUAAUUCUAUAAUGUGAGAAUACAAAAUUAAUUUCUUCUUGUUACACUUUCGGGAUUUAUAGAACUAAGUGAAUUGACCUCGACUCUGACAGAGUCCACUGUGAAAGGCAGACAGAGAAAACAGGGAGCAACUGUUAAAUGAAGGGAGUUCAAUAUAAGAUGCUUUUAGAUAAGCUUUUAGUGAAGGAUUUACCCCUUUUUUCCUUCUGUGUGACCAGACCUGAUGCAACUGGAUAAUCUGUAAAUUAAAAUAAAAUGUUUCAGUUUGUUCUUGAG